UCUUGAAAAAAAUUCAUAGUAGCCGACGCACCCCAUUGGUUUAAAGCCGGAAUGUUUGACUUUGAGUGAGUCAUGUGAUGAAGCUCAUCAUGAGGGAGAGGAGACUGGUGGUGGUCGUCAUUUUCACGCGGACACCCAUCGCCAUCUUUAAUCCAACCUGAUAAAUUCAUCUACGUUAUCUAAAAGCGCCCCAAUAAAAUAUCUUCCAUCGUUCUUUUCUCUCGCCAAUCCAAUUUCCCAAUUUUAUCAAACAACAUAUGCUUCGAUUUUGACCCAAAAAUGCAUCAGGAUCCAUCGACCUACUCUUUGCCGAUGACUAUGAACCCUCAGUUUCCAGAGCACGAACAUCUUGAUUGCCCUAGAUGCGAAUCCAGCAACACAAAAUUCUGCUAUUACAACAACUACAAUCUCUCGCAGCCUCGCCAUUACUGUAAGAACUGUCGACGUUAUUGGACCAAAGGCGGAACUCUCCGUAACAUCCCAAUCGGUGGUGGUACUCGUAAAACCAAUAAACGAUCUUCAAAUUCCAGUAAACGUCCUGUUAGUUCUUCGUCUCCUGAUUCGCCUGUAACAACUCCACCGCCGCAGCCACCGCCUCCGCCGCCGCCAGCUCAUUUGAAGCCAGAACCCUUACCGAUUUUUGGGUUUGGUAAUAACCAAAGUAAAAUAAACGGUGAAAGUUUCAACUCGCUGUUGAGAUUGAAUCAAGGGGCGCAAUUUGGGGGUUUUGUAGAUGGGUUGAAACCGAAUAUGGGUGAUGAAGCUCGAGAGGAUAGAUUGGUUGGAACUCCGGUGGCGGAGUUAUUCCGGAGGGACUAUUUGAGUAUGAAUAAUGAUCAUAAUCAGAGCGGAAGUGGAGGCGGAAGAGGGGAAUCGAGCAGCUGCGACGGAGGGAAUGGGUGGCCUAAUCUUUCCAUUUUCACGCCAGGUUCCGACUUCCAUUAGAUUUUGAAUUCGACUUUUCAGAAAUAUUUAGAGAUCCUGAGAAUAAUUUUGCUAAAGUAAUCUUAUUAUUUGGAUGAUUUUGUUUGUUGUAGUCAA